AUGAGAGAGUUAAAGGGACGGCAGGAAAAGGAAUUCAGUCAACUUCCUUUUAAGGCAGAGAGUUGCCCUGUUUCACGUCACAGUUUACUGAGCAGAAUAAAUAGUUGGGUUUUCACGCCUUGUUCGGUGGGACUGUCCUUCACUCGAUUUUAUUUUCAACUGAACAGAAAGAGAAACUGAAAGUCCUGCGAUGAAGAGUUGUAGAUAAAUGCGGUGAAAACAGGAGUCAGAUGGGUUUUCUUUUGGUUGGAGAGAGUGUUCCUGCACCAGAACCUCUGCCGAUAGACGGGCGGGUUCUCCCCUCUGUGCUCUGUGUUUAAGGCGGAUCCUCUCUCAGUGGAAUGGACCUGACGCCCGGAAUAAAAAGGCACCGCCGCGGGGAUUUAAAGGGCAGAGAGGGGACAGCCCUGCGCUCGGUUGCAAACAUAGAACAUUUCUUACAAAAACCCUCCAAUAACCGAGAUUCCCACGAGCGAAGCAUUUUCUAAUAAUAACACACACAUAUUUACAGAAAAAGCAACGUUCGAUCGGUCUUUGUAAAUAUUUGCGGAAGAUUGUACUGCUGAUUUCCCGCUGUUAUUGCAGAACAGACCAGUGUUCACCAGUGCGGGAGAUGUGAUCUGCAAUGGCGGUGGUUUUGUUCCUCGCCUGGUGUUGACUUUUGCUGUGGGGGCAUUUGAUCGUGACUUCUACCCCCUCCCUGACCCCAACCACACACAGUCCAGUUUCCUGCGGGGAGAAUGUAUGAGCGAAACCAGCUUUUUUUGCUCGAAUUAGGCUCUACUGUGGCCAAGUCCUCACUUACCCACAGCGAUUUCCUCGGAUUUUCUGAUCUUAAGAAGCUUUGAUCUUGUAUCUUCAAUCCACCCCCCAAUUCUCAGAGCCCUCUGGAGCUGUAUUAUCCCAUUUGUUAUUUAAUCGGAGAUUUCUCUCUCUAAGUAACUUUUAGAACCAUUUUUAUUUUCCCAGUGAAUUUUUUUUUGGGUGAGAGCAGUCAUUUUUUUUCUUCUUUGCCUUGUCUGAGGGAAAAUGACAGCGACUCCUGGUGUGAGGAAGAUUCUGAAGAAUGACAAGGUGGAUGAAGCUCAGGCUCUGGCUCGGAACUGUGCGGGGCGACCGGAUUUCCACCCUUGUGAUGGUCUUUCUAUCUGUGCCACACACAGUCACGGCAAGUGCUUCAAGCUUCACUGGUGCUGCCACCUCGGAUGGUGCCAUUGUAAAUACAUCUACCAGCCUAUGACCCAUGUAGAGCAUCUGCCAAGCACCUCAAUUCCAAACAGCUCAAACAGCCACACAGACACCAUGGAUCUGUCCAUCUCGCUGAUGGAACGAUUCCUAAAGACAGCUUCUCUCUUCAGGCCUCCAGUUGCACCCGACUCGCCAAAGUACUGCAGCAUAUCAGAACUCUUUGUUGACAACUAUCAGGUCAAGAGGAUUAACGGCAAGAUGUGCUAUGUCCAAUGCCAACCUCAGACCCUUCCUGUACUGGAGCACACAAGAGCACGAGAGAGCUGCAGCAGCCUCACUCACAUCAGCCCAGAGGAUAGCAGUGUGACGGACAAGGUGCCCAUGCCACAGAUGAACCACUGCUCCUCUCCAUCUGCCUCGGAGGAUUCGGGGAUAAAUGCACUCGGGCUGCACUACACAGGGUCGUGUGAGGUAGACACUGAGGAUGAUGAGGAUGAAGAUGACUUGAGUUCCGAUGAGGAAUCCAGCCCUGAAAGCCGAUGGGACCAGGAUGAUUGCAGUCUUCUUUCUCCCUCGCAGUCCGCUGUGGAGAUUAUUGAAAAAAUUGAAACGACUGUCUGAGCUGAAAGAUCGAAAGGAUUUUUCUUUGUGUGUGUGCGUGUGAGCACGUGAGUGGUUUGUGUGGUGCA